AUGUCGACGGCUGCUCCAGGAAACACGCCUUCCUUCGAACCGAUCCACUCAGGCCAGACAUCAGAAUCUACUCUGAUUUCUGCGUCGAUCAUACAUGCAAAUUCUGCGUGCUGGGUCUGGAAAUGUGCAAUCGUCCCAAGGAUCCUCAGCAUCGUUUUUGCAGUGACCACCGGAGAUGCGGAGUGGUGGGCUGCGUUCGUUCCGGAGACUGCCCAUCAGGGGUGCCACUGCCGUGGAUUUGUCCGGACCACAAAUGCUUUGCCGAGGAUUGCUACAAGACUAGAGACAAGCUGUACGGCUACUGUCUCGAUCAUCGAUGCCGAGUGGGAAGCUGCUUCGAGAGACGAAUACUCAACUCAGAGUUCUACCAUCGUUGCUUCAAUCACCAACGUUGUGUCGUCAAAAACUGCAAGCUCUACCGCUUCAAACGUCCAGACGGCGGUCUUUGGGACUUUUGCGAACAGCGCAGACUAUAGCGACUUCCGCUGCACUUACAAAGGCUGCGAUAAAUUGACAAUACCUGGCACCCGCUGCUGCGCCGUCCACAAGUGCACUUUCGAAGGAUGCGUAAACUUCCGAGACAAUGAGACCGACAAGGAGAGGGUUUUUUGUCGAGAUCACGGCUGCGGCGCUUCUAGAUGUUAUGCUGUUGCUGUCGCCAUCGAUGGAGGUGGCUUUCGACCCUUUUGCCGAAGACAUACUUGCACAGCAGCUGGUUGCAUCGAGGUAGCCGAGUUUGGUGUUCAUUGUCACAAACACCGUUGUCACUGGAAGAGCUGCGAAAAGCCAUGCCUUGCUGGAGGGGAAUACUGCGGUGAUCACGAGUGCAAAAGAGCCGGUUGUCGCAAAAUUGCCAAGCUGCAGUUCGGCUACUGCGCAGACCACUGUUGCAAGAUUGACAAUUGUAUCAAUUAUUGCGAUGUUACUGCCGACAGGAUAUGCUACGAGCAUUCGAGAGGCGACCUAUUCGACCGGAUCAAGCAUCUCGAAAAGAGGCUGAGAGAACGUCAACACGAGCACAUUCACGAGCAUCACGAACACCACCAUCCACAUUUUGACGACUUGCAAAUCCGGCAGGACAAGUUGAUCAGAGACUAUGACGAGUGUCUUCUCAGGUUGAACGAGAGCAGAGAGGAGAUUCGGGUUCUGCGUAGUACCUGGAUAUCAGCGGACGAGAACCGCAUCUGGCGCAAAGACCUCGAAGAUCGGAACGCUCGACUGCUAUUGGAUCUGGAUAGAGAAUUGAAAAGAAGCGAGCAUUGGGAGCGCAAAGCGAUUGAGUUUGGCCGGAGGAUCGAUGAUCUCGAGGUUUUGUUGGCCGAGGAGCGACUCAGACAUCCCAAGUCGGAUGAAUACGUUCGACAAAUCGCCGAUCUCGUGCGUAAAGUCGAGAUUCUCGAGGAUGAGCUCCGCAUAGAGAGAAACAAUCACCACAUACAUCAAGGACGACAGCACGAGAUCGAGAAGCUGGUCCGCACUAUUGAAGAGCUCGAGCGAAAGCUAAAGGGCGACCACAUCAAGGUGGAUGAGCUUAUCAAAAAAGUUGAUCUGCUACAGUCGAUACUCGCUGGCGAGAGAGAGCAAAAGGACAUUCUUCUUUCUGAGCUCGCCAAGCGAGAUGAGUAUGAGAGAUUGCGGCGAGACGAGCGCCGUCGACCCAGGAGAGGGAGCUGGGAGAGGAGGUCUCGCGACUCACGGCCCUGGGGCAGUGUUUUUUGA